AUGGCUCGCCUUCUCGUCUGCGGCCAAUCUGAUUGCCAGGCUUAUUUACAACCAUCAUUUCAAUUGCAGGAAACGACAAUCUUGAUGAUUUUGUUGACGCGUUUCAAUCUACAAUCUAUGGCUACUUUGCCCAGAAUUAUGGCACCAUCAAAUACAAAUCACAAUCUACCUGCUGACACAAACAAAUCGGUCAAGGAACUAAAAAAAGAGCUAAAGCAACUAAAAAUAUUAGGCCAACACAAACACAACUUCGACAACCAGAUCAUCAACACCAGCGUUAAGUUACCUAAAACUCAACAGCAGUGGACGGAAGCCAACGCCUUUUUUCACCAUAAACUAAAUUUCCUCAACAAUAUUGACGACAUCGACAGCUACACCCAGCAUCUACAACAAACAGUAUACCAAUACUUCGCCGACUCAUACGGUACACAAAAACCUAUCGUCUCAACAUCAGUCAACGCCAAAAUCAAACAACUAAAGAAAAAACUUAAAAUCUUAAAAACACUCGGACGCAACAACAACAAUUACAACAACGAAAUAAGAAAUCUGAGCAAACAAAUUAGAUCAACACUUCGUGGGGCGAAGUUGGCGAAGGGUGACGAUCAAUUAAAUAUAUCUAUUCAACUGUCAAAGAAUUUCUGGAGAACAUGCAGAAAAAUGUUCUCGCCAACCACAUCGCUACCUCCAUUAUUCGACGUCGAAAAGGGUAGUAACCACUUUUGCAACGUAAUGAAGUCGAUGGAUAAUGAAGAGUUUAAUAUUCCUGAGUGGAUUCCAUCCUUGCCGGCUCCGUCCUUCAGUAGUAAUGUUAACCCGCCAACUUAUAAGGAGAUUUCAUCUAUCAUUCGAAAAGUUUGA